AUUUUAUCUUUGUACUUUUUGUAACUGAGUAGGUCUAUCUGUUGAUUUAUACUGACUAAUGAUAUUCUAACAGUAAACUGUACUUUUAGUCUUUUGAUAUAUGACCUAGGGCCUACAUGAUUUAACUACUAUUUAAACCUGGCUUACCUUUUUAAAAAUUAUUGUUCCAUUUUUAAAAAAAGUUAAAAUGCUAUCUACCUGUAGGCUGCACAGGGGACAGACUAGUAUAGUACUUGACUAGUGGUUGCUUAUAUAUUGACUGCCGUUUAGACUGAUUAUGAAAUUAAAUUCACAAAAUGCCCCUAAGUUCCUCUAGUUUAAAAGUUUUACUAUUACAUCUGAGUGUCAAUAAUUCUUUUAUGCUGUGGGCAACAUGGAAUACACGGGAUACUGCACUGAACAUGUCCCUUUAAAGAUUGAAUCAGAUUCAAAGAUGUACCAUGGUGACCCAAGUAUUCAGGUACAGAGGAUGGGUGUUGUGAAUAAUGACUGCGAUAUCUAUCAAUGUCAGCACUGCAGAUUGGAUUUUUCAACACUCUCCCAUUAUAAUUUGCAUUUGAAAUACAAACAUAAAGGGGAAAACCUUGACAAUAAGAAUCUAGAUUUCACAGUUGACACUAGUGAACAUUCUAAUCAGUUAUCUAAUUUUCAUCAGCACCAUGGAAUUCAUAAAGGGAAAAAGCAUUGUAAGUGUGACAAUUGUGGUAAAUAUUUUACAAGACUCCAAUAUUUAAAAGUACACCUUUUAUAUCAUAUAGGAGAAAAGCCUUACAAAUGUGGCCAAUGUUGGAAAUGUUUUGCAACUCUUGAUCAAAUACGGAGGCACGUUCUAAUUCAUACAGGAGAGAAGCCUUACAAAUGUGGCCGAUGUUGGAAAUGUUUUACAACUCGUACUGAACUAUAUAGUCACUUAAAAAUUCAUACAGGAGAAAAGCUUUAUAAGUGUGACCAAUGUGGUAAAGGUUUUGCAACUCUUGAUCGAAUACGGAGGCACAUUAUAAUUCAUACAGGAGAGAAGCCUUACAAAUGCAGCAUAUGUUGUAAAUAUUUUAACCAAGUUGGUAGUUUGAAUGCUCAUCAUAGAAUUCAUACAGGAGAGAAGCUUUACACAUGUAGCAUAUGUUGUAAAUGUUUUACCCAUUUGAGUAACUUAAAGCAGCACCAUUUACUUCACACAGGAGAGAAGCCAAACAAGUGUGACCAAUGUGGUAAAUGUUUUACUCACCUUUGGAACUUAAAGCAACACCAUUUAAUUCAUACAGGAGAGAAGCGGUACAAGUGUGACCAAUGUGGUAAAUGUUUUACCCAUUCGUGUAGCUUAAAGCAACACCAUUUAAAUCAUACAGGAGAGAAGCUGUACAAGUGUGACCAAUGUGGUAAAUGUUUUACUCACCUUAAGAACUUAAAGCAACACCAUUUAAAUCAUACAGGAGAGAAGCUUUACAAGUGUGACCAAUGUGGUAAAUGUUUUACCCAAUCAUUUAACUUAAAGCAACACCAUUUAACUCAUACAGGAGAGAAGCGGUACCAGUGUGACCAAUGUGGUAAAUGUUUUACCCAGAUUAGUGGCUUAAAGCAACACCAUUUAAUUCAUACAGGAGAGAAGCCGUACAAAUGUGACCAAUGUGGUAAAUGUUUUACCCAUUCGUGUAGCUUAAAGCUACACCAUUUAAUUCAUACAGGAGAGAAGCCGUACAAGUGUGACCAAUGUGGUAAAUUUUUUAACCGGAUUGAUAACUUAAAGCAACACCAUUUAAAUCAUACAGGAGAGAAGCCGUAUAAGUUACUAUAAGUGUGACUAAUGUGGUAAAUGUUUUACCUGUUUUGGUAAUGUUAAUACACAUCUUAGAAUUCAUCAGGGAGAGAAGCCUUAAAAUUUUUAUGUAAUGCAGUAAAUGUAUUACUGAUUCCUCAUAUUUCAUUGAAGAUAAUUUAAAAACCUCUACUGAAAUAAAUCCAGAAUGACCAGACACUUAUUUUUUUACUUUCUUGUUUACAGAGUUUAGAGCAGUGGUGUGUAUGGUGUGUUUGGGUCUGUGGUGUUGUGGGUGGUGUGUUGUGUGUGAUCCAGUAAACACAAUAAC